AUGAAUGCGAUGCUGAAUAUUAAAGAAGGAGAGUUCACAAGCACUAUUUACACAUUGAUACAUGAGCACAAAUUCAACGACGCCAUUCGUAUUCUUCAAUAUCAGCACGAGAGAAACCCGAAAAAUCUGGCGGCUCUAUCGCUUCUCGGAUACUGCUACUACUACACCCAAGACUUCCAAAAUGCAGCUGACUGCUAUUCACAGCUAUCCUAUAACUAUCCGCAUCACUCACAAUACAAAUUAUAUCAUGCACAAGCUCUAUACCACGCUUUCAAGCCAGCUGAAGCGUUGAAUGUAGUAACUACGAUUCAAGACGACGAUUUGUUAAAUGAAAGUAUCAAAUUAGAAGCGGCCAUAAAAUAUCAGGAAGAUGAUCUGGUAAACUGUAGAAUCCUUGUGGAUCAGUUACCAACAGAUGAUGCUACUGUUCUUAUUAAUACUGCUUGCAUUGAUUAUAAGGAAGGAAAUUACUCCGAGGCACUACAGAAGUUUAAUCAAGCAACCGAGUUUUCUGGUUAUCAGUCUGGUCUUGCCUACUCGAUCGCUCUUUGUUACUACCGUCGUGGAGACUACAACAGUUCUCUCCAACUAAUUUCUGAAAUUAUCAAUCGAGGAAUCAAAGAUCAUCCAGAAUUUCACAUCGGAAUGGUCACUGAAGGAUUCGAUGUGAAUGUGGUUCAGAAUUCAAUGACACUCCAUGAAUCGGCACUGAUCGAGGCGUUCAAUUUACGAUUUGCCAUCUAUUACAAAACCAAGGAUUUCAAAGCAGCAAAAGAGUGUCUGACAGAUAUGCCACCACGGCAUGAGCAUGAUUACGAUCCGGUUACUCUGCACAACUUGGCUAUCAAUACGGCAAACACAGAUUUUGGAGACAGCUCCGCUAAACUCCAAUUCCUUCUUGGAAGCAAUCCAUUCCCUCAAGAAACGUUCGCGAAUCUUCUUUUCCUUUAUUGCAAAAACGACUAUUUUGGAUUGGCAGCCGAUGUUUUGGCGGAGAAUCCACAUCAAUCUUUCUAUUGUCUGAAUGAGUAUCAAUUCAACUUGCUCGAGGCACUGAUUUACAUGCCAACAAGUCCUGAGGAGAGUCUCAAAAAAUUGGAAAAACUGGACAAAGAAUGCAUGACUCGACUUCGAAAGAUUGCAGUCGAGAUUCAAAUAAAAAAAGAGCAGAAGACGUCAGAUAAAGACGACUCGUUGGAAAUGAGAAAUCUUAUCGAGUCUUAUGAGGAUGAGUUGGAAUUGUACCUUCCUGUUCUCAUGACGCAUGCAAAGUAUUAUUGGGAUAAGAGAGAUUACUUGGCCGUGGAGAAGUUGUUCAGGUGA